AUGAAGGCGUCGACCGACCAUCAUGUCUCGGGUCCGCCGCCCGUGACGAUUGAGAGAGUCACCAGGGGAGGACGCCGACCAUUUUACCGCAUUGAUGUCAUUCAGCAACCCGAGAAGUGCCGCGCCUGUGGUUCGGGCCCCAAGUCUUCCACCGAUCGUCGCCCCGUUGAUCCGCCCCCGGUCGUCGAGCUUCGCAUCUUUGAAGGACCCCGAUUCGAGGAAGCCAAGGACAUCACCUUUACAUACAAUGCCAACUUCUUCCUCUUUGCGACCCUCGAGAAGGCUCGGCCCAUGGCCCACGGCCGCGUCACUGGCCCUGUUGUCGACGCACCGCCAGUUUUGACAGGCAUGCCGGUGUCUGGAAUGGCAUACCUUGACCGACCGAUCGAAGCCGGUUAUUUCCUAUUCCCCGAUUUGUCCGUCCGCCACGAGGGCACGUAUCGACUUUCGUUCAACCUCUACGAAGAGACCAAGGAUGACCGAGACAAAGACAUAGAGCCCGACGAGCCCUCUUCCGAACCACAGGGUUUCUUUUACCACAGAAUGGAGAUCAAGUCGGCCGACUUUGCGUGCUUCAGCGCCAAGAAGUUCCCGGGACUUGGGCUCAGCACACCCCUCAGCAUGACAAUGGCCGAACAGGGAACCCGUGUUAGGAUACGACGUGAUGUUAGGAUGAGACGCCGUGACGGCAAGCCCAGCAGCGGAGGUGGAGAUUUCAGCAGCAACAGCAACAACAAUGCAGAGGACGAAGCAGCACGCAGACGCCGAACACGAACACCAGAAGUGCCUGCCAGGGAAGAUGUGCGACGGUCGAUGAGCGGUGCUGGAGAUGCUCCUACUCGAAACCCGGAACCACAGCGCCGGCCUUCGGCAACCGACUACCGGGCACCGCCACCACCGAACCCUCCACCCCCAGGAUUUCCCUCGGCUCAGGUUCCUGCUACGAGUCAUCUGACCUUCGGAGGUGCCCCGUACGGUAGCCAUGGUCAAUACCAGCAACCCAACAGCAGCAGCAACAGCAGCGAGCAAGUGACUCCGGUACCCCAGUCGCCGGCAUACCCCUCUCAUCCUUCGCAACAGCAUUACGGCCAGGCGCCCCAGCCUCCCACACCCACGUAUCCGGAGCGACGUCUCUCUGACCACCGCCCUUCGCAACCAAACGGUCACCCGCAAACGUCGCCGCAUCAGCACAGCUACUCUCACCGCAGUUCACCGACAAGAGAGCGGUUCAUGCCGGACUCGAGGCGGCCUUCGGCUCCUAGUCACAGUCAUAUGCUGGGCGCGCGGCCCAUGACGCCACAGUCUGCCAACGACUUGCGAAGAUCUAGCGACUACAACAGGCCGAUCCCGCCUCCGACGGAUGUCCUUGUCGCAGACACUCAAGCCACGCCUCACCUGCCACCCAUCCGGUGGCCUCGUCCAAACAUGAACCUGCCCAGCCCACCCAGCGAACACCAGGAGGCACUACAGCCUCUGCAACCCGCGUCAUUGCCCUACCAGAGCCAGGCGCAUCAGCAGCAGCUAGGCGGCCGGAAGCGAACCCAUGACAGCUACGAAGAACACAGCUAUAGUUAUGGCUACAGCUACAGCCACAACCAUAGCCACGGAUACGGGUCUGCACCAUCUGCACGGCCACCGGCCAAAAAUCGAAGAAGACCAGAAGACGUGGAGGAAAAGUACACUGUCACUAAAACGAUGGUUGUUGACCGUCCAGAACAAUUUUUCCCAAAACCGCUCAAAUAUGUAUGGAAACAAUGCAGGGCCGAGCCGCCACCAAGGGAAUGA